ACGCAUCAUCGCGGAGCGUCUCUGCUCAGCCGGGUUCCGACGUGGCAUCGCUCGCCCUCGCCUACAUCACUCCCAUUGUGUGACGCUCCGUUGGUUGGGAGCUGUCCCAGAAAUAAUGGUGCUGAAGCUGCAGCACUGGCCAGAAACCGCAAAUCACACGUACGCCCAGCCUGCACAGCCUCCUCCACGGGGCCAGCCCAGUUCCCUUCUCGGAUCGGGCGGAAUUAUACCGAUAACCGAGCGACGUCUCGCCCGUUAAACGCAGGAAUGCAGUGAGUACGACGGAGAUAUGGUGAAAAUGAUUUUACACCCUGGAAGCCCAGAGCAACUCUGUGUCAAAUGCAUCGGACCUGGAUUUGUUAACAUUUGCCUUAUUUCCAAAAAGAACCCACGGAAUUAUUCGGAAUAAAAAGCUGGGAAGAAGCUGGUGUUAAUUUUUACAAGGAACCUGACGGUAUUGCGUCCUUUAAAGCUCAAGACCGUUGCGAAACCGUGGAGCCUUGUCACUGUGUUUUUUUGGAAAUACAACAAGCGAAAAAUGGGAAGCAUGCAAAGCACAAUGUGAAAAAAGAUGGCUUUUGUGUCGACGGAUUUGUAAAUAUGAGAUGAAAACUACUGGAUGCACAAGAUGGGAGGAUAUUAGUUUAGAGACGUGCGUUGUCGGGUUAUCUGUUGUAAAAUAAGGCAAAAUCGCCGGGUCACAUUUGUAGAGUUUAUUCCUUCGGGUUUCGGCAUUUGCUUUAAAUUACAGCAGUUUAUUCUUUUUGCGCUGUUCUUUUUUUCAACCGGCAAUAUAUUGGCUGUAUGAUUAUAAAUCUUUCCUCUGAAAUCCUGCCUGGGACUCCGGUCGUAAUUGUAUUCCUGACUUUAGAACAGUCACGGACGAUUGAUUGUUGUAAGCAUUGAAAUAAGGAGUCGAUGUCUUGGUAAAUCACAGGAGGCCCCGCUCCUAUAAUUGUUUAUUGGUUUAUCUGUGCCGCAAAGCUCGCUAGAGUUUUCAAUAGUGAACGACCGCCGAUAAUAACAUGUGUUUCCUUCGACCAGAGAGAGAUGGCAAAGGAACAUUAGUGUUUAGUUGUUGCUGCAUUUUGCCCCCUUACCAUUUUAAGCAGUCUGUUGCAUUGCAACAAAAUUCACGUUUGAACAUAUACAUGCGACCACGCAUUCAAACGCACACGUAGCAUUUUACACUUAAACUAAAUAAGUAGUUGCUGGAAUACUGGGUGCAUCCCUCACGACUUUUUAUUUUAGACGCGAUCUACGUUCCUCGGUGACUGAAACAUAAAGCCGGACCAUCUAAGCUCACAGGCGUACAUUAUCAACAAAAGGGCACAUGUUGUUGAUAGUCGGUGUCAUUGUAUGGUGCUGGGGAUUGUUGAGUCACAGACAGAUGCUGCGCCACCAGGGCAUGGUGAAGAGCCGCUGUUGCGUCUUGUUCAGCGACCUUAAGGUUUUCCUGCUUAGGCCACCUGGCCCACCGGCGUCGCAGCCUUCAUUUUUACCUAUGAGCGGACCGGACACGGAGACCCACGCGAACGAAGUCGCCGACAACAACAACACUUUGAUAAACGCCCCUCAGGCCGAUGGCUGGACUGCACCUCCGGCAGAGAGCGCCACGGCGGACGACGCAAGCGGUGGAGCGGAGGGCUGGUCCAGCAGCGCAGCCGAGCGAUCGGCGACCUUAGACUGCAGCAGCUCCUCGGACGAACUGGCUAAGGAGAAGUCGGAGGAGCGACUUUCCCUUAGCAGCUGUACUGACAGCGGUGUUAGGACUCCCUUAUGCAGGAUCUGUUUUCAGGGACCCGAACAGGGGGAGCUGCUGAGCCCAUGCCGCUGCAGCGGAUCAGUGCGGUGCACCCAUCAGCCCUGUCUCAUCAAGUGGAUCAGCGAGAGGGGCUCCUGGAGCUGUGAACUGUGCUACUACAAAUAUCAGGUCAUCGCCAUCAGCACCAAGAACCCACUUCAGUGGCAGGCCAUCUCCCUGACAGUGAUCGAGAAGGUGCAGAUGGCGGCAGCUCUGUUGGGUUCCCUCUUCCUCAUCGCCAGCGUCUCCUGGCUCAUCUGGUCAUCGCUCAGUCCCUCGGCGAAGUGGCAGCGGCAGGACCUGCUCUUCCAGAUCUGCUACGGCAUGUACGGCUUCAUGGACGUCGUCUGCAUUGCGCUGAUUAUCCACGAAGGCCCAUCGGUGUACCGCAUCUUCAACCGCUGGCAGGCUGUGAACCAGCAGUGGAAGGUGUUGAACUAUGACAAGGUCAAGGACUGCGAAGACCAGAAGGCUAGUACCAGCACUAGGACCUUGUUCCUGCCAACCCAGAGGGGCAGCAGUGAGACCGGCCAGAUGCUCUCCGCCUCCACCUCCUCCCUCAUGAACGCCGCCAUGGCUCCUGUGGGUACGCCUACGCCCAGGGCAACGGCCACUCCCGUCGGCUUGACCUCCCAGGACUCCUCGGACCAGAGCAACGGUCCUCCCUCCUUGCCCGACCACCACUGUGCGUACAACAUCUUACAUCUCCUCAGUCACCUGAGGCAGCAGGAGAGCCGAGGCCAGGCCAACAGUGGCAACCGAGAGCUGGUCAUGAGAGUGACAACCGUGUGAGGAGCCUCGAGGCCUUAGCACUUAACACAAUGAUGAGGGGGGCAUUCAAGACAAGCAAAGGUGGGUCAGUGAAGUGGGAGCCCCCUCCCAUGAAGAAAAGCAUUUCCACCUGAGAAACAGCACCACCUUGCGGCAGGAGAGAGUAGGACAACAUGAGGAUGGUGAUGGGGUGGGUGGGGAGGGGGUUAGUGUUUUCUGGGUUCCCUGUCUUCAGCGAUUGAAUAAAAUUGAGAAUUCCUAGGAUUUCUAGAUGGAUUUUCCUAAAGCUCUCCGCAGCAAUUUCACUGCCAUAGAAACGGACACGCGUGUGAAUCCUUCUGCACACGCAUUACCAACGACAAAAAGAGCACAAAACCAAGAUUCAGGGAUUCAAGUCAAAUUCAGGCGGGAUUUUAGCUUUAACAACGGAUUGGCCGGUCUGUCACCGCGGCGACCUUCCGGCUCCGCCAGCCAGAGGCAGCUCGCCCCUGUGCUUAAUAAGCACCAUAAAAACCUUCCAGCCCCAAUUCCUCGAUGAUGUCAGGGCGAUCCAGCAACCCACAUGUCCACCUUGCUCCUGCAUCGGCAGACCAUCACAAGAAUUUACGCUCUUCUGAAAAGAAAGUUUCCCGUCACGGCAAACGUAAAAAAAAAAAAAGCACCUUAAUUGUCUGCAAACGCGACAUGUGGGAUUCCUUUGCUGCUACCGGGUGCCAGAAUCGCACUGCAUUCUGCUCACACCUUCCAGCCGCAGAGGGCAGCAUCACAGCCGUAUGUGAAAAAUUAAAAUAACGAAUUAAAGGAAGUGAUGUCUUUUCUCAUAACUGCGUUUUAGACCUGUGCACAAAGCUGUGUGUGUGUAUGUGUGUGCCUGUGUGUGUAUAUAUUUAUAAUUCACCUGUCCCCAUUACAGUAAACACAAACACUGUCAGUCAGGAAUGCAGGAGUC